AUGCUGCCGACACUCAGAAUUGCCGAUUUGAACGAUGCCCCAUCCCCCCAGCGAAUCUUCAUCGUUGGAGGAGGUAUCGUUGGCGCAGCCCUCGCCUUCCAUCUGUCGCAAAAUAAAAAAGGGCAUCAAAUCGUUCUCAUCGAUAAAUGCUUAGAAAAGCGUCUUGGAUCUACGGGUCAUGCCCCAGGCUUUGUUGGCCAGCUCAACGAAUCGUCCGUUUUGACUCGACUUGCCAAAGAUACCGUUUCAGAGUAUCUCACUAUCCCCGGUGGUUUCAACACCGUCGGCGGCUUGGAACUUUCAUCAGCACCAUCAGGCAUGGAAACAUUACACCGCCGUCUCGAGCUAGCACAAGCUGCUGGCCUACCCGCUGAGAUCAUCAACCCAGAAACGGCGGCGUCCCUUGCUCCGGACUUUAUUGACGCCGAGACUGUGAAGCUUGGCUUGCAUUUCUCUUCCGAUGGAACGGCCAACGCGCAAGUCAUUACCUCUUACUACUUUGAUCAAGCGCGAAGCCGAGGUGUGGAUUUUGUUGAGGCUUCUGUUACUGGUUUCUCCACCACAAAUACCAGGGAUGGAAACGUUGCACAGAUAGCAGCUAUCCACACCGCAGAAGGCGACAUUGACUUGCAAGGCAGCACUGUCAUUCUUGCCACUGGUAUUUGGACUUCGUUAUUGACAGGCACUGCCAUUGGCGAUAAAGCUUCCAUCACAGAACUUCCGAUUCCUAUUGUUCCAGUCGCACAUCCUUACACCUUUACUCUAUCUCGACCUCACCGCACUGGAACACCAUAUCCAUUCGUCCGCUGGCUCGAUCAUCAUGUAUAUGCCAGAGACCACGGAGAUCGCGACGGACUGGGCAGUUACGAUCACGCUCCGCUGCAGUUGGAUCCUGUCGAUACGGCCAUUGGAGCUUGGCCCUCCAGCUUCGACAAAGUUCUUUCUGAAGCAACUUCAUACUUGAAAAACGGUGAUCAAUUCCAAGCUAAAGGAUGCAAUGCCGAGUCGGAUGCCUGGGAAGCGAAAAGACCGUUCAAUGGUAUCUUCUCGGUGACUCCUGACAACCUCCCACUUGCGGGGCAGGUGACUGGUGUUACCAAUUUGUGGAUGGCUGCUGCCAUCUGGGUUACUACUGCUGCUGGCACCGCGAAGCUUGUGUCACGGAAGAUACUGGGUGAGGUUGAGAGCUCUGCUACCUCGGAAGAUGAGCGGCUCCUGGAAGCAUUGAGUCCUGCUCGUUUCCAAGGGGUUGGAGCGGAUACUCUGGCUAGUCAGGCAUUGGGGAAGUAUAAUGAUAUUUACAAUAGAGACACUCAGGGUCAUUAA